AUGGUUGUGAUCAACGUGCUGCGGUCGACGAUUGUGCAGCCGGCGGAAGCGACCCCGAAGAGACGGUUGUGGCUCUCCAACCUGGAUCUGGUGACGCCGCAUCACCACACGCUGUUCGUCUUAUUUUACCGUCCGGAUGGGUCGGCCAACUUCUUUGACGCGGCGGUGCUGCGCGACGCGCUGUCCCAGGACGGUCGGAUCGCGAUCGAUUGCAACGGUGAGGGGGUGCUGUUUGUGGAGGCGGAUGCGGAGACGACGGUGGACGACUUCGGCGACUUCGCACCCACCAGGGAGCUGGAGCAGCUGAUCCCAAAACUAAAUGCAGACUACACCAACGGCAUCUCCGCUUUCCCGCUUUUACUCCUCCAGGCUCUGCCUCUUCGACUACCCUCUUUUACUUUCUCCAUUGGUGGUUUGCUUGCUAACAGUCCAUCAGGAAACUUUGUCAAGCAGGCCAUAGAAGUAAUCUGA